AUGACAGGACUUUUGCUGUUCACCUCCUUUCUGAUAUUUGCCAAUUCUCCAGGCUGGGCAAAAGAAAGACAUUAUUACGUUGGCAUUAGGGAAGAGACCUGGAACUAUGCUCCCACUGGUAAAAAUAUAGUCAACGGAAAAUUAAUUUCCGAAGAUAAAGAUCUUAAAUCCUAUAUCUAUCUACAAAGAGGUGCUCAGAGGAUUGGUCGAGUUUACAAGAAAGCCAUGUACGUUCAGUACACGGAUGGAAGCUAUCGAAGGCGCGUGAGAAAGCCCACCUGGCUGGGGUUUUUGGGUCCUAUUCUGAAGGGAGAGGUUGGGGAUCUACUUGUCGUACAUAUGAAAAACUUUGCCUCAAGACGCUACACUAUGCAUCCACAUGGAGCGACCUAUACUAAGGAAAAUGAAGGUGCUCUGUAUCCUGACAAUACCUGGGGGCGACAGAAGGAAGAUGAUAGAGUGAUGCCUGGACAGAACUAUACUUACAGGUGGUCCAUAACCCCAGAGCAAGGGCCUGGGGAUGGGGACCAUAAUUGUGUGACCCGAAUUUACCACUCACACUUUGAUACUGUGAAGGAUGUGGCUUCUGGGCUUGUGGGACCCCUGAUAACUUGUAAGAAAGGGACCCUGAAUGGGGACACUGAAAAAGACAUUGAUCAUUCAUUUGUCAUAAUGUUUAGUGAAGUAGAUGAAAAUCAGAGCUGGUAUCUGGAGGAAAAUAUCGAUACCUAUUGUUAUGAACCUGACAAGGUCAAUAAAACUGAUCCGGCCUUCGUGGAGAGCAACAGAAUGUACUCAAUGAAUGGAUUCCUGUUUGGAAACAUUCCAGACAUCACCAUGUGCAUGGAAGACAGAGUGCAUUGGCAUUUUUUUGGAAUGGGUUCUCUGCGUUCUAAACAUGCCAUCUUUCUUCAUGGACAGACUUUGCUCUAUCUGGGUCACAGAAUGGAUACUUUCAGCAUUUUUGCUGCUUCAAUGAUUGAUGCUGUGAUGGUAGCAAAAGGUGCUGGGGAAUGGAUGCUUAGCUGUCAAAUUAACAAACAUCUGGAUGCUGGCAUGCAGGCCUUUUUCAAGAUAAAUGAUUGCAAAAAGCGCUCAUCUGAUAAUGUUAAAGGGACAAGAGUUAGGCAUUACUACAUUGCUGCUGAGGAAAUACUUUGGAAUUAUGCUCCAUCUGGCAUUGACAAUUUUACAAGGAAAAGCUUAACAGCUCCUGGGAGUGAAUCAGCACCUUAUUUCAUUCGAGGUCCCGACAGAAUUGGAGGAACUUACAUCAAGUUGCAAUACAAGGAAUACACAGAUGAUUCCUUCUUAACAAAGAAAACAAGACUCCCUGAAGAAAGACAUCUUGGACUUUUGGGCCCUGUCAUUAAAACAGAAGUGGGAGACACUGUCCUAGUCACUUUUCUCAACAAAGCCAACCAUUCCCUCAGCAUUCUGCCUCACUGUUUAAGGCUCACCAAGAGCAACGAAGGAUCGAAAUACAUGACUCUCAGUGGAGGGACACCUCCACCUUCUUCAAGUAUACAGCCUGGGGAAAAUUUUACCUACGAAUGGACUGUUCCAGAAACUGUGGGUCCCACCUCUGCUGAUCCAGUUUGCUUGACUUGCCUAUACUUCUCUGCUGGGGACCUUGUUAGAGAAGUCACCAGUGGGAUGAUUGGGCCUCUUCUAGUGUGUAGGAAAGGAAGUCUUCGUGCAGAUGGUAGACUGAAAGGAGUAGACAAGGAAUUCUACCUGCUACCUACAAUAUUUGAUGAGAAUGAAAGCCUCUACUUGGAUGAAAAUAUUAGAAAAUUUACAGGAAAUCCCAACCAAGUGAAUAAGAAUGAUCCAGACUUCCAAGACUCUAACAGAAUGGCCUCCCUAAAUGGAUAUAUGUUCGGAAAUCUGCCAGGACUCAAUAUGUGCCUAGGUGACAAGAUUUCAUGGCAUGUCCUCAGUGUGGGAACAGAAGAAGAUAUGCAUGGGAUAUAUUUUUCAGGAAACACUUUUGUCUCUUUAGGAGGGAGGAGAGACACCAUAAAUGUGAUUCCACAAACUUCCGGGACUCUCUUUAUGACAGCAGAUUCUCCAGGGGAAUUUGAAGUUAGUUGUGUCACAACAGACCACUAUAGAACAGGUCUGAAACACAAAUACAGAGUGAAACAAUGCGACAAGCCUUUUAAUGACAACGCACACUAUAACAAGAACAAGGUUUACUACAUUGCGGCCGUGGAAGUGGAAUGGGAUUAUUCUCCCAGUAGGAAGUGGGGAAGGGAGCUGAGUCGUUUACAAGGAAAAAAUGAGACAAAUAUAAAUAUAGAUAAAAAGUAUGAUUGGUAUCUUGGUUCCAAAUACAAGAAAGUUGUUUACAUUCAGUUCACUGAUGGCUCCUUCAAGACUCCAAAACCGAGAACCGAAGAAAACAAACAUCUGGAUAUCUUAGGUCCAAUGAUUCAGGCAGAUGUUGGGAAUACAGUUACAGUCGUCUUUAAAAACACAGCCAGUAGGUCUUAUUCUAUACAUGCUCAUGGAGUGAAAACAGAUUAUUCCAUUGUUACUCCAACAAAACCAGGGGAAACAAGAUCAUAUAAGUGGAAAAUCCCUGUAAGAUCUGGGCCUACCCAAAAUGACUCUGUUUGCAUACCUUGGGUUUAUUAUUCAUCUGUGAAUCCAGUUAAGGAUAUCUACAGUGGAUUGGUGGGGACUUUGCUAGUCUGUCGCCGAAACGUCACCACGAACCAUGAUGUCAGCCGUUCUCUUAACCUAGUUCUUGCUUUCACAAUUUUUGAUGAGAAUGAAUCCUGGUACUUUGAUGAAAACAUCAAAAAGUAUUCUCCACAUCCAGAGAAAGUAAAAAAAGAUGAUCCGGAAUUUAUUUUAAGCAACAGAAUUCACGCAAUUAAUGGGAGAAUUAGUGGAAACAACCAAGGUCUGACGAUGCAUGUUGGAGAUACAGUGAACUGGUAUUUGAUCGGCUUGGGGAGUAAUGUAGACAUCCACACCGUUCACUUUCAUGGCCACAGCUUCAAAUAUAAGGGAGCUGGAUUUUAUCGCUCUGAUGUUUAUGACCUUCUUCCUGGAACAUUCAGAACUGUUCAAAUGUAUCCAAAAGAUGCUGGGACUUGGUUAUUCCACUGUCAUGUUUCUGAACACCUCAGUUUGGGAAUGGAGAGUACUUACACUGUUUUACCGAGAGAAGCCUACAAAGCAGGUAGUGCAAGUAUUUCUAUUACUGUUUGGAAAAAGAGAAAACUGAAGUCCAUAGAAUUUAACCUAAUGUCCCAGGCCAUACAAGUAGUCAAUGCCAAACCUGAGAUGGGAAGCCAGAGCUCCACAUUCCAAGUCCAGGAUUCAUAUCUACUGGAAACUUGCCUGUCCUCGAUAGACAAUGCCACCAUUGAGAUGGAGUGGAAUCUCCUCACCUAG